GCUUUAUUGAGUAUUGUGUUAGAUAUCAGUUUGCAAAUGUUUAUGCCAACGUUUUAUGACGGUUUUAAUCACAUGUAUAGAAUAAAACAUUAAGUGUGUAAAGAACAUGUUAAAUACGUGGGUUUCUAAUCGGGAGUGGUUUUAAUUUCCUCCUGAUACUUAUUUUUUUAUUUUCGAUUUACUAGCUUGAAGCUGCUGGUGGCUAACCAUAUAUACAAAAAUUGACUAAUAUAAAGUGAAGCCGUAUAUGGAUGUUAUUGCAACAGUGCAUCAGAACAACCAUUCUGUGCAAUGGACGAAGUGAACAAACAAUGGGAGGCGCCGGUUGCACGAAUCAACAAAAACUUUGCGACAAGACGAAAAACCGAAGCAGCAAACAGGCUGCGGGAAACAAACCACUGUGUACAUUCCGAGGCUCAAUGCGACGUAAACGAUUUAGGCAACCCAGAAAACAAGAUAUUGAAAAAGACCCGUGAAGAAAACAAAACACAUUCGUUUGAUGCAAUGUUUUCCCUCCUUGGAUUCACUAUGAGGAAUGUCAGCUCGGAUGGUAACUGUUUGUUCUCAGCGAUGGUGGACCAGUUGAGGAUUCGAGGAGUGUACGAGUAUACACCACGUUCACUGCGCACAGCUGCAGUGAAUUAUCUUAGGCAGAAUCCACAACUGGAUGACAACACAGACAUUAGGAACUUCAUCGAAGGAGAUUUAGAAGACUACUUUCAGAAGAUGAAUAAAGACGGAGAAUGGGGGGACCACAUUGUGAUUCAUGGCUUGGCAUGUUUCUUGAAGACCACUGUCAAAAUCUACGGUUGCGAUGAAAAUGGGAUGAUGAGACCGCAUCCGGAUAUUAUUGCAUGCAAGCAUAAGCAAAAUUCUACAUUGUACUUGGGCCACAUUUACGGUGCUCAUUACAUAAGUCUCCGACCUCAUACUUGGAAGGAAGAUCUUCUUAAAGUUUUAGGAGGACGUUCUGACUCGUGUGUUAUUUCUGGACGCAAUUCAGACCCAGGUGUCGCAGGAGUUGGUGGCGAUGUCCCAGACAUGUAUUUGUCCUUCGCAAUGAUGUAUUGCCUAAAACAGCAGAUUAUUCAGCCUCUUGUUCAACAACAAAUUCACGGAAUACCAGUAACGAACUUUUACCGGUCAUAUACUCUUUGUAAAGACCACUCCGAUGCUCUUUACGUCGGGAUUUUAGGAUCCAAUCAGGAAACACGUUCUUUUAAAAAGGAUCUGUUUAUUAUCCCACUUGAUACAGUUGUGGUUGAUGAUUUCACAUCUAGUAAAGUGCACAAGAGGAAUCAACUAAAAGCUGUUAGACAAGAGGAUGGCAAUACCAUAAACCUUGUACCUGAAAAGCCUGAAAACUGGAUGAGAUGUCUUAACCAAGAACAAUUUCUUCAUCAUUUAAAAAUCCCAUCUGACAUGAUGGAGCCUCCUCGAUGGAUUGCAUUCCAAACAAAAAUGCCAAGUACCGAACGAUGGCUCGAAAGAAGCCGCCGGUACGGUUGGCCACCUAACAGGGCAAUAUAUGAUUUAUUAACUGGGGCUGGAUUCCUCGUGGUCCCUGAGCCCGAAUGUUCUAAAUAUGCAUGGAAAUACGAUUUUAGAUUGGCAGAAGAUAUUCUCCUCGCGAAGGCUUUUACAGAUUAUCAGAAAGAUUGUUUCAAGAUUACGAAAAUCCUUUUGGACGAAACACAAGUCAGUCAGUACUUACCGUACGUUUGUGUAAAACACGCGUUCUAUUAUCAAUGUCAAAAAACAUCGGCUAAUGUAUGGAAGUCAGAUCCUACGCUCUGUCUUCGGUCAUUGCUUGGUCGAUUCAUAUCCAACAUAAAUGAUGCAUGUUUCCCCAACUUUUUUGAUAGCACGUUGAAUCUGAUGCCAAAUAAGCUCUCACCUGACGAACGAAUUCUAGUUAAGCAACGACUGCUUAUUGCACAAAAACACACAUUUGUAUGUCUAUGUAAUGCGUUCAGUACUCCAGCAACGGACUUUGAGGAAAGAUGGUCGAGAGCAUUUGCCGCCAUGUUCCAUCGACUGGUAGAAAGCAUGCAAUCGAGCGAUACUGAAAGAGUUCUCGAAGAAUGCUUAAUACCAACAGCUGUAGCCGGCAUACAAGAGCUUGUGGAACGUGAAAGGUUUUCACUGGCAUACGAACGAUGCACUGAAGCUGUAGAGGAAUUGAAUCAUGUUUGCAAGGCUGAGUUGGCUGUCAAUUACAUAGUUAACCUGGUAGUUGUCCCUGCUGCUUGCAAUGUACGACAUUGGCUGUUUGCAUUCUAUGUGGCUUUUGUCACGGGACACUAUUGGUUCGAUGCAGUUAAUAAGGAUUUAGACUCAGUUUUACUUGUUGAUGUCUUUGGAGAAGAGCUUAACGGAUUGUUAUUAGAUACAUUUGAAAAAAAAGUAAACAUCCCGAUGCACUUUAUUGAGCCAGAACGUAUCUGUCAAACAACCUUUGCUUUGGCAAAGGUUCUGGAGCAAUGUGACAUUGAUGAAGCUGUCAUAGCCAAAGUAGAAUUGGAAGCACUGGAUUACGUGAUCAUUCAGCUAGCAAAGCGCACAUCAAAUGUUUGUGACUCAGAUAUAACUACUGCUGAUAAAAUCAGAGAACUUUGUGCGGAUGUGAGAAAACGAACAAAUAAAAAAAUGAUGGAACUAGCUAGCAUCCGAAAGGAUAUAAGCAAAUUACAGGAGGAUAUCAAUAGAAUGAAUCUGAUUUGCUCAAAGCUGCGAGAAAUGAAUAUGCAAUAAAACAAAAACAAAACAUGUGUGUUAUGGACGUACACCGGCAACUAAGUCAGUGUCAAAAUAUUGCCAACCUUUCUUAAUUAUUAUCAGCAUAAAUUUUGUUAUUAGGCUUGUACAAGAAUGUUAAAAGUGUGUUAUUGUUCAUAUGAUGCGAUUGGUAUGUGACUGUUUUCCAAUAUAAUCUUUAAAAAAUGCAUAAACUUUAACAGAAGAGUUAAAAUAAAUGGAUAUGUACGAUCUCAUUAAAUUAUAUAUACUCAGUUGCAAUUAACAAGUAUGUGUCAUUAUUAUGUAACCAAACUUUCAAACCAGCCAUAAUUUGUGUGUUAGUAUAAAUAUUGAAUAUUAAAAAUAAAUAAUAUUAUCUUCCGACCAAAGGUAGUUUUGAUAUUGCUGUUUUGAUUCUUAUUUGCAUAAAAGUCGGACAUGGCUUACAUUUUUUUUAUUUGUUUUAUAUUUCACUUAGUAUGAAUGAAUACUACAUUUAUUAUGUGUUUUAAUAGUUUUUCUUAAUAUUUGAUUUCAUUCUGUUAUAUUUGCCAGUCCUGCUUUGUCAAAACCUUUAAUGAAAAUGUACCAUUUUAUCUGUAUUUACUUGUAUAAUUUUGACUGUUUCAAAUUCUAGUUGUAAAUAUCUUGUCUUUAUCGUUAAAUGUUUUUCCGAGUCAAAAGUAUCACAAUAUUGCAUUAGUAUGAACUUGUCAAUAUGAUUCCAUGAGAUCUCGUUUUAUUUGAUUUAAUUAUGUUUUAUUUGUUAUUAUUUGCCAGUCUUGCAAGGCUGAGUUGGCUGUCGAUUACAUAGUUAAUUUGGUAGUUUUCCCUGCUUCUUUUUAUGUGCGACCUUGGCUGUUUGCAUUCUAUGUGCCUUUUGUCAAGGGGCACUAUUGGUUCGAUGAAGUUAAUAAGGAUUUAGACUCAGUUUUACUUGUUGAUGUCUUUGGAGAAGAGCUUAAUGAAAUUUUAUUAGAUAAAUUUGGAAAUGAAGUAAACAUCCCGACUCAUUUUAUUGAGCCAGAACGUAUCUGUCAAACAACCUUUGUUUUGGCAAAGGUUCUGGAGCAAUAUGAUAUUGAUGAAGAUGUCAUAGUUUUGUCUAGUAUUUUUUUGAAAAUGUACCCUGACAAUUUUACCUGUAUUCACUUGUAUAAUUUUGACUGAUUGAAUUUUUAGUUAUAAAUAGCUAGUCUUUAUCGUUAAAUGUUUUUUCUUAAUCAAAAGUAUCACAAUAUUGCAUUAGUAUGAGCAUGUCAAUAUGAUGCCAUGAUUCAGGGACCUAUACAUGGCUGUUUUGUUUAUAUAGGUCCCUGCACGAGCUCUUGUUGUAAAAUAUGCUCAAGAUUAUAUUGGAAUUAACAAUGAAAUAACAUAUACUAUUUUAACAGUUAAAAAAGCAAUUAUCUAGUUAUAAAUGUGUUUUUUGACAAAUACACAUCUAAUCUUCAUUGUUAAUUUGAAGUUUUUUCUUGGUCGAAAGUUUCACAAUGUAUGCAUCAUAUGUUGAAAAUUGAAAUAAACUUAAAGCCGUA